AGAGAGAGAGAUGGCACUUUUGGAGGUAAAUCUUCCUACUGCUGCUGCUACUACUACAGGGGUAUUCGAAACAGGAAAAUUCAGUGUAGGAGUAAAAGAUACUGUUUGCUCUCCAAAGCCAUUAAGAAUCGUCUCACCAACAGAAAGCGGCAAGUACCCGGUUCUCCUCUUUCUUCAUGGCACUGCAUUGUCCAAUGUCUUCUACACCCAGCUCCUAACACACAUAGCUUCCCAUGGCUUUAUAUGCGUGGCCCCACAGUUACCAUUUGGUGAGGAGAUUUGUUGUGCAGCUCUGGUGACAAACUGGUUCUCUGAAGGCCUAAAAUCUGUGAUCCCGGGGGAAGCCCAGCCAAACCUUCAAAAGCUUGCCUUAGUCGGCCAUAGUAGAGGUGGCAAAGCCGCUUUUGCGCUUGCACUUGGCCUCGCUCCUACCUCACUUGCAUUCUCUGUAUUAAUAGGACUAGACCCAGUUGCAGGAAAAUGUAAAGGGUGCGAAUGUCCACCAAAAAUCUUAACUUACCAACCUCGCUCAUUCAAUCUCGGGAUCCCAGUUAUGGUGAUAGGAACUGGACUGGGAGAGAAAAGGAAGAUUAAACUGUUUUGUCCUUGUGCCCCACCUCAAGUGAGCCAUCAAGAGUUCUACGACGAAAGCAAGCACCCUCGUUACCACAUGGUUACAGCGGACUACGGGCAUAUGGACAUGUUAGAUGACAAUUGCAAAGGUAUUCUAGGCACAUUAUCAAGUAGUCUGUGUAAAAGUGGAGAUGGUGACAAGGACCUCAUGAGGAGAUGCGUUGGGGGGAUUAUUGUGGCGUUUAUGAGAGAGUAUUUGGAAGUCUCCACUGGGGAUCUCAAAGGUAUACUUGAUGCACCUGAAAUUGCACCAGUGAAGCUCGAUCCAGUUGAGUAUGAUGAAGCAUAAGAAUUAAUAAUUAAGCAUGGUCAUGUCAGUCUAACCCAAGAUUGGUAUACUGUCCAUGUUGGGAUAUUUAUAUAUGUACUUUCCAUUUGCAUUAAUUAAUUACAAUAAGCAUGUAUGUUGAUA